UGAAGUUCAGAGGUCAGGGUUCACUGCGACACUAGAGAAGCAACAAGCCUAUGGAAGAUCGCUUGUUGGGUCAGGUGUUAUUACAGUUUACUCCUUAUUAUCUUGCGUUUAGCUAGACUAAGGCUUCUAAAACAAAACAAAUCAUAAUUUAUAUUGGGAAAGGCGAACUGUUUGCGAGAUUUAAUGUCGUAAUUGAUUAGCCAAAUAGUGCAACACACUAAAUAACACAAUCACAAGCUAGCCCGACGGUUAAACAAGCUAGCUAGCGAAAACAGCCAAAAUGCAGGAGUUGAUAGCAAGUGCUGAUCAUUUCAAAUUUGAUCUGGAGUUUGCUGUUGAGCAACAGCUGGGUGCUCAACCGUUGCCAUUUCCUGGAAUGGACAAAUCUGGUGCUGCUGUGUGUGAGUUUUUUAUGAGGGCAUCUUGCAUGAAGGGUGGCAUGUGUCCCUUCCGGCACAUCAGUGGAGAAAAAACAGUGGUUUGUAAACACUGGCUUCGAGGGUUAUGCAAGAAGGGGGACCAGUGCGAGUUCCUUCAUGAGUAUGACAUGACCAAGAUGCCCGAGUGCUAUUUUUAUUCAAAAUUUGGGGAGUGUAGCAACAAAGAAUGUCCCUUUUUACACAUUGACCCUGAGUCCAAGAUUAAAGACUGCCCAUGGUAUGACAGAGGAUUCUGUAAACACGGCCCAGAUUGUAGACACAGACAUACACGAAGGGUUAUUUGUGUCAACUACCUUGUUGGCUUCUGUCCUGAGGGCAGGUCCUGCAAGUUCAUGCACCCACGUUUUGAGUUGCCGAUGGGUGCCUCUGAGCAACCUCCUUUGCCCCUGCAGUCUCAGACUCAGCAGAAGACCAUGCACCCCGGAAACAGGUCGUCAUUGUCACUGAUUCAGCUGACCAACACCAAUUCUAACCACCAACAGAGGAUGCCACACAAUAUAGGAGCAAUGCAUUCUCAAAACAAUAUGGGGGGAAACCGAGGUCCUCGCCCGUUAGACCAAGUCACCUGUUACAAGUGUGGAGAGAAAGGUCACUAUGCCAACAAGUGUACAAAGGGACAUCUGGCCUUCCUCAGUGGACAGUAGCUUUCUAUGUGGACCUUUUCAUCUCGAUUUGAGCUGGAAUCUCAGGGCCUUAAAUGUGCCAGUCACAAUGCAUUCAGCCUUUGAAAACAAAGGUCUGGCCAGACUUUACAACUGCUCAGAUCUUAAGGCGUUUGGACUUCACCUUGUUCAAGGAACAAGUAUAUUGUACAGCACAGUGAUCUUUUUUCUACUCAUGGAACUGGUGAUGUUGGUUCACUAUUGGAGGAUGGUACAUUUCUACUUGACCUUUCAUUUCCUGGGUUGGAAACAUCAAAUGUAAUGUGAAAGGGCUGUGGCAAUUUGGAGCUCAAAUAAACCUUUACCUUUCUGCCUUAAAAAAUUGGAAACCAAAUUAUUACUCUCGUCAUUAGAUUGUAAUAUGACCAGGAAGAAGCUAGAUAUUCUGCAUUUAAAAGUGUGCUGAUCAGAAAGAGAAAAGGAACACAAGUAUGGAUCAUAUUAAGGUGUAAUAGGACAAAAUGGAACAAGAUUGUAUAUGAAAUGCGUGCUUGCAGGUGUACCAUAUAUCAUUUUCCCACCCCAAUACACUGAACUUGCCGUUGUAUUGCUCAAUUCAAUCCAAGACCGCUUCAGCGUGGCUGUUCCAGAGGUGGAUACAUGGCAACUUACUGAUUUUUGUACACAAAAUCGCCAGCAUUUUCAACAAUAAAAACAAACUGUUUUAUUA